GUAAGUUGAGAAUCCCUUCAGUAAAUCAGUAACUGACUGACAGACUAGCUAAUGAGAUAAAAUGUAGCUAUAAAGCCAUAGAGGUGUCAAGUAUUGGUUUCAUAACCAAGGUCACCCACUCUGGGAACUUGCUGUUCAGUCAGAUAGUUGUGUCACUUGCUCUUAGGCACUGUUACAGAAUGCCAGUAGUGGAGAAGAUUGGUCGGCGCAACAGUAUUCCCAUUCUCUACACACGUGGGACUCACUAUGAAGUUGGAUUUGAUGUGGGGCGCACUUUCAGUAGCCUGAUUCACAGUUUCUUAGCUGCUUCACCAAAUCUGAACAAAGUGCUUCUGCCAUUGUACGAGACAGAUGCUGGCAAGAAAGUGUACGAGGAGACUCUGACCUCUGUCCACAAGAGUUUCCCACAGUAUGUGAGGGAGAUGGAAGGGACUGCAGAUGGAGCUCAAGUGCCCUUCCACAAGUUAUUUCUGCUUCACAUAUACGAAAUGCUACCCAAUGUCUUGGGGCAGGAAUCAGCCAACAGCCAUGGCACAGGAUGUUCCACAGUUUGCUGUAACCAUCCUGGAGAGGAGAUUCUAGGUCACACUGAGGAUGCCUUGGCUGAAGUGCUGAAUCAUUUCUACUUUGUGUCAGCUCACAUUAUCUCUGAUUUGCCACAAGGUCGCUGGAAAGUUACUGAGGAACGGUUCACAUCCCUGUGUUACGCAGGUCAUCUACCAGGCUACACCAUGAGCUACAAUCACCAUGGAUUUGUCUAUUCUGUCAAUGUUAUUAGUGCCAAGAUUCUGGCAUCUGGAAAGACGCCUCGUUCCUUUUUGACAAGAGCUCUGCUAGCAGCAGAGAACUUUGCCCAUGCACAAGAGAUUCUGCGCGACUCUGGCUGUGGGGCUGGAGAUGCAGUUAGUAUCAAUAUGACAUUCCUAAACCAGGAGGGGGACCGACUGUUCCAUAAUGCAGAGGUGGGACCUCCAGUGGGUGCAGCUAAUGAAUCUUCACUUAGUAUUUUCACUACCAGUCCUGGAGAACAUAUCUUUCAUUGCAACAAAUAUCUGAGAUUGCAAAUUCCUGAAGCAGGGGGUGAAAUAAUGACAAGCAGUGAUCAUCGUCAUGCUGCCAUGAAAUGUUUCCCACAUCCUGCCUCCAGAAAAGAUGUUAUCAACAUCCUGGGUGAUCAGUCUAAUAAAGAGUAUCCAAUUUUCCAGGAAUCUGGUGAUGAUGAUUAUGUGAAGACUGUAGCUGUAGGAAUAUUUGACUGUGUUCGACAAACAUGGAGUAUCUACGCAGAUAACCCAAAGACAAAUGAACCUGUUGUAGUUCUACCUCUUCAGUUGAAGUCCCCAUCCAAGGUGAUAGGGUGUUGCCCCACACCGAACCUACAAGUGUAAGGACCACCCCUUGUAGGCUGGCUGUAAAUGUAUAUACUGUAGCUCUUCUCCAUAUCUGGAGAUCAUCACUGCAACCAGAGGCUGCACCAUGUCAUGAUGAUGAAGAGCCCAUUAUUAAUAAUAAUGUGAAUAUAAAUAUCAGCUCAAUUCUCUGACAGUAGUAUAUAUUAAUAUUUUUUUUAAGGGAGACAGCAUCUCAACACAUAGCUGUAUUUGCAUUUGAAUUAAGAAUUGUACGGUGCUUGUCUAGAAAUGUUAUGUAAAUAAAGUAUACCCAACUGAAAAUAUCUUGUCUUUUUAAAGAUCACAAGUUUUGUAAAAGACCUCUAAAACCAAAUGAAAGUAUGCUACUGAAACUGCAUUCAAGUUUUCAUGUAUAGUCUUCAUUAACCAAUUAUCCAAAUCACCACUCAGAAUGGUUAUGUUCUAAUUGUGAUUACAAAUUACCAUACUAUAUAAUUAAAUUUUUUUAAUUCACUUAGUGGAGGGUGGAGUCCAACUGGGAUCAAACCCAGGCCACCGGGGUGGGAAGCCAGCAACUAACCACUUGAGAUAUGGCGUGGCCUUUUACUAUACUAUAUAACAUGAAUGUAAUCAGUGAUGUUAACCCGUUGCUCCCCUAAUGCAAUAAAAUCAAGGUGGCCCUCUGCCUUCCUUGCAUAAUAAAACAGUGAAAUUUCACUAAAAAUGUGAAUGUUUGGGAAAAAACUGAACUCAGUUGCCAAAUGAAUGUAAAGCAUCUCGGAUAAUAAUUUAAGUAACAUGCUAUAAUUCUAUACAAUUUACAUGUAUGAUGUCCCUAUAUCAGACAUAUUUAAAAAGAAAUUAAGAAAUUGCAGUAAGAAAAGACUAUAUAAAAUAUUGAGUGAAAAAUGCAUUUUUCUGCACAGUUCAUUGAAUACUUCCAAUGUAACAUAUAAAUGAGAGAUUCACAAAUACUGUACAUGAGUACACAUACUCUAGUUGACUGUACAAACAUUAUUUAUUUAUACUAUGAUAAUUAUGUGAAAACUGCCAUAAAAACUUACUAAAUAGGAAUUCAUAAAUACAUUGUACUUUCCAGUAUAUACCCAAACAUCUGUCAACAAUUCUCCUGUUCGUUCAGGUUUAUAAAAGUGACGUCAUAAGAAGGUCACCAGAAUGUCACAACUGCAAAAAGCCAACAGAAUCAAAAUAUAAAGAAUUGUAUUUUUUAAAAACUGUGAAAAAGUCUAUUGCAAGACAGUAGGGCAGUUCUGGGUACUUUGAUUUUUGGAAUUCAGUAACACAGAAGUCCAAAACAGAUCACCAUAAGCACCAAUUAAUGAUUUGGCCAAAAUGAAGUAACAACAUUUUUGCACAAAAGGAAGACUAAUGCAUAGGCCCUUGCUGUAAUGAGGACUGCGGUGUGGAGAAAAGACUGGCCUAUGAGUUGAAAGACAGAAAGAGGAAGACUUGAAACUUUUGGAGAAGAAUGUUUUCAGCAGUGGCUAUGUCGGCUGGAUACCGGUUAAGCAUUCAUAUAAACUUGGACCAAAUGUGUGGUCUGUAUUCUGUUUGGCAUGGUCCACCUACAGUCACUACAAGCUGA